GGUGGACCCGUCUUCUAUCGCUGGAUGUACAGAUUUGAAAGGUUAGUCACAAUUUCAUUUAUCUUUGAAUAUUUAUUUCAUAACAACAUUAAUCUGUGUACCACUUUUAUUUUACUUUGCAGAUUUCUUGGAGAGUUGAAAAAGAAAGUGACCAACAAGGCACACGUUGAGGCUUCAAUUUGUCAAGCAUAUCUUCAACAAGAAAUCUCAACGUUCUCAUCUUUUUAUUUUGAGCGUGAAGUCAUCACUAGAAGAAAGAGACCUGCCCGAAAUGAUGACAAUGACGAGGAUUUGUAUGAAAAUGUAGUUUCCAUUUUCAAUUACCCAGGUAGAGGUAAAGGAGCUUGGACAAACCGAUACAUCGUGAGAAAAGAAUUACAAAUUGCGCAUACUUAUAUGCUCAUUAAUUGUCCAGAAAUCUUACCGUUUUAUCAUGAAUUUAGAGCGGAGUACUCAGCAUUCCCUGACAAUGAAAUUGAUGCAUUGGUGGACUCUCAUUUUAUACCGUGGUACAAGCAUCAGAUCAAUAACCGUGGGAUUGUGGACCCUUUGUUAGUAUCAUUAUCGUGGGGCCCUGGUGCCUACGCCAAAGUUUGGCGGUCAUAUGUGAUAAACGGUUACACCUAUCACACAGUCGCUUACGGACAGGGCCGACCAACAGUGAACAGCGGGUUAUGUGUCCCAACAAUCGGUUAUGAUAACUCGGAAACCAAUUUUUUUUGUGUCUUGCACGAGAUUCUCGAACUGGAAAUGCCUUCUGCUGGGAAAAAGUUGACAUGUGUUUUGUUCCGCUGCAAAUGGAUUGAUCCAACACGUGGUGUGCGAAAAAAUUCAAAGUAUAAUAUGAUUGACGUCAACCACUCUCGCGUGUAUACGAAAAAUGAGCCUUUUAUACUUGCUCAACAAGCAGCCCAGAUUUAUUAUACAGAAUAUCCUUCAACCAGGCGGACACAGAAUCCUUGGGUGUGUGCAUGUACUGUCCGUCCGAGCAAAAUUGUAUCACAAACUCAACACAAGGACGUUGAUUUAGAUGCUUUUCAGCAACAUUUUUUCCAACCUCCA